AUGCCAGACGUGCCGAAGUAUGAUUGGACUUCAGAUCCUCAGGAGCAUAUCACCACCUAUACAACAGUGGAGAAAGGAAACGAUUUAGCUCCCCACGAGAUUGAGUCCGUCUUACUGAAAAAGUUCGGGGAGACUCUUACGAAGGGAGCCCUGACAUGGUAUUCGCUUUUGCCCGAGCACUUCAUAGACUUUAUCAAGAUGCUCGUGGACUCUUUCAUCAAGGCCCAUGCCGGGGCUCGAAAGAAGGAAAGGAUGUUGCUACCAGCCGUACCGGACAAAUGGGCAGCUGAAGCAUUCACCAAAGACCUGAAUCAGAGAAGUUCCAACGCUUUCCGAAAGUUGAAAGAAAGUUUGCUUGAGUUCCAGGCAACAUCUUUGGCGGAUGUUCACAACCGAUCGGCGAUCUUCAAGGGGUCUAUUUUGCCCAAUGAACGGGUCGAUGGACGCAACAAAGGUUUUCGAUUGUUGCAGGACAAGGAAACGUCAGGUUCUCGAGAUUCUUCCUACCCCAAGCUUUCUGAAUACAACUUCAACGUCAACGUAGUGGAGCUGGUGUCAUCUAUGAGGAACAUUAAAGAAGCACGUUUCCCCAAGCCAAUGAGAUCUGAUCCUAGUCAAAGGGAUCCUAAUUUCUACUGCGAAUACCACGGGAAAAACGGUCACCGGACUAGAGAUUGCCGGCACCUGCGUGAAGAGGUGGCAACAUUGUUGAAAAACGGCCAUCUCAGGGAAUUUUUGAGUGAUCGGGCUAAAAACAAUUACGGUCGCAAUCGCGAUAACAUAGAGCCUUCAAAAGCAGGAGAGGAUCCUCCACACCCAGGAAGUUCGGCCAAUAUUGUCCAGUGGAGAGUGCUGGAGCAAGCUAAGCUCACUGGAAGUAUUAUUUCGGCCAUGAAACUUCUCGCCAGGUUCAAUCUAGCAAAUGUGACAACUCGGGUAGAGAUCCUGCUGCCCACAAAUGCCGAGGGGGUGAUGAAGACGACCCUUUUUGAUGUAGUAGACGGUGAUAUGGGUUACAAUAUCAUCCUGGGGAGACCAUGGUUGCACGAGAUGAAGGCUGUGCCAUCAACAUAUCAUCAGUUGCUGAAAUUCCCAACUACCGAGGGAAUUAAAUAA